AUGGAGCUCGCGCGUUGGUCCGAGCGCGGGGUCGUGCCUAGGGUGGUGGUGUGCGGGGACGGGGCUUGUGCGUUGGCUGGGGAGCAAUACCUCUUCGACAUCUCCAGCCUGCCCCAGGCGGAGGAGGUGACGGGCGCGGAGCUGCGGGUCCUGCGUGCCCUCCCUGAAAACCGGAGCUUGGCCCUGUCCCCCGAAGGCACCUUCCACCACCUCCUCCUCUCCACCUGCCCAAGCCGGGAUGGCGAGGAGCCCCGGCUACUGGACUCCAGGGCUGCAGACAUCUUGGACGCGGGCUCCUCCAGAUGGGAGGUGUUUGAUGUCUGGGAAGCCCUGCGGGAUCGGAAGGAGAGAUCUCUCCCGGGCAAGCUGCUGUGCUUCUUGCUGAGGAUCGUCUCGGAUCAGUCGGGGCGGCUCCUGCCCCCCCGGCAGCUGGGCUGCAGCAAGCCCCGGCCGCAGGAACGAGCCCUGCUCGUGGCCUUCUCCCGCACCCAGAGGAAGGAGAACCUCUUCAAGGAGAUCCGGGAUAAGAUCAAGGCCCUGGGCAGCCCCCCAAUCCUGGAGCCCCCCGAUCCCGGCCAGGAGGCAUACCCCAAGCGGAGGAAGAGACGGACCACCAUCGCCACCCGGUCUGGGGGCAGAGGCCAGGGGAAGAAGGCGAAGACCCGCUGCAGCAGGAAGCCCCUGCACGUGAACUUCAAGGAGCUGGGCUGGGACGACUGGAUAAUCGCCCCGCUGGAUUACGAGGCGUAUCACUGCGAAGGGGUCUGCGACUUCCCCCUGCGCUCCCACCUGGAGCCCACCAACCACGCCAUCAUCCAGACCCUGAUGAACUCCAUGGACCCAGGCUCCACCCCUCCCAGCUGCUGCGUGCCUUCCAAGCUCAGCCCCAUCAGCAUCCUCUACAUAGAC